CAGCACGCGAGGUAUCGCCAGUUCGCACGAUGUCCCACACUAGCGGAGCGAGCUCUUCGAGCUCGCCUUGCGCAGCAUGUAAAUUUCUACGACGGAAGUGCACGGCCGAGUGCGUAUUCGCACCUUACUUUCCUGCAGAUCAGCCUUUGAAGUUUGCGAAUGUGCAUAGAAUUUUCGGGGCCAGCAAUGUCACCAAGAUAUUGCAGGACUUGCCAGAAUCGAGCCGAGCAGAUGCGGUGACCUCGUUGGCUUUCGAGGCCGAGGCGAGAAUGAAGGAUCCGGUUUACGGAUGCUCGGGCGCCAUCUCGUUGACGCAGACAAGAAUCUUGGAGUUGCAAGAUGAAGUUCAGGAACUGCUGGACCAAGUAAACAAUUUGGAAGAAAAGAAGCGCACGGGACAGAUAUCUCAAUAAUCCUCGUUAACGAAGAUUAUUAAGAUAUUCCCCGGUUGAGGGAUUGGGGGUACUACUUGACUGCUCAGUCUGUCCCGGGCGCUUCUUUUCCUCCAAAAAGUUCACUUGGUCCAGCAGUUGGGGUUGCCAGGAUGGUUUCGUUUCGUUUCAUGUUUGUGUUUCGUUUCGUGACAUGUUUUGUGUGUAAUUAGUCAAACCGUAAUAGCACGUUGCAGACUACAGUGGAUCUCAGGAAUAUAGUAGCCCUGUUAUUAAAGUCAUCUUUGCAUCGCAGUCACCAGUGUGGCCUCCCGCU